AAAUUUGGGAACAACAGAGCUUUAUAUGGCACAGAAAAUAUAUUUUUAAUUUAAUUUUGCAUUUUAACAGAGUCGACGGGUCGCAACCCAGCGCGGUCAAUGGCGAUGCAGCUCCUGAGACGGCGAGCCACUCAGAUCCUUUCCCGCUCCGACCUUAACCCUAACCAUACCUCGCCGCUAUCCUUAGCUAGAGCUUUCUGUUCCGCCACCGCUACCAUCCGAGCCACUCUCUUCCCUGGAGACGGCAUCGGCCCCGAGAUCGCGGAGUCCGUCAAACAGGUUUUUCAAGCAGCUGACGUGCCGAUUGAAUGGGAAGAACAUUAUGUUGGGGAUCAAAUUGAUCCAAGAACUCAGAGUUUUCUAACUUGGGAAAGUUUAGAAUCAGUAAGAAGGAAUGGGGUAGGCUUGAAAGGUCCAAUGGCUACACCUAUUGGUAAAGGUCAUCGGUCUUUGAACCUUACUCUAAGGAAAGAACUUAAUCUGUAUGCCAAUGUCAGGCCGUGUUCUAGCCUUCCGGGAUAUAAGACUCGGUAUGAUAAUGUAAAUCUUAUUACUAUUCGUGAAAACACGGAAGGGGAGUACAGUGGACUCGAACAUCAAGUGGUGAGAGGUGUGGUUGAAAGUCUCAAGAUUAUUACUCGUCAGGCAAGUUUGAGGGUGGCUGAAUAUGCUUUUCACUAUGCCAAGACCCAUGGAAGAGAGCGAGUUUCUGCUAUUCAUAAAGCCAAUAUUAUGCAGAAAACAGAUGGUCUUUUUCUUAAGUGCUGCCGUGAGGUUGCAGAGAAAUACCCUGAGAUAACAUAUGAGGAAGUAGUCAUUGACAAUUGCUGUAUGAUGCUUGUGAAGAAUCCAGCACUUUUUGAUGUUUUGGUGAUGCCUAACCUCUAUGGUGACAUUAUCAGCGACCUUUGUGCUGGAUUGGUUGGGGGCUUGGGUUUAACACCAAGUUGCAAUAUUGGUGAGGGAGGAAUCGCCCUUGCUGAAGCUGUUCAUGGUUCAGCACCUGAUAUUGCUGGAAAGAAUUUGGCAAAUCCAACUGCUUUACUAUUGAGUGCGGUCUCAAUGUUGCGCCACUUAAAUCUUCAUGACAAGGCCGACAGGAUUCAGAAUGCCAUUCUCAAAACAAUUGCUGAGGGGAAUCAUCGCACUGCUGACCUUGGUGGCUCUGCAACAACAACUGAUUUUACCAACGCCAUUUGUGAUCACCUUUAGAGAUUGUUUCUUUGCAGGCAUUUCUAGUUUUGCAUUGGAUUUCUUUGCAACUUGUCUGCCUUGUUUUUCACCUCGGCUUAAAUGUUUUCCUUCUUCUCUUAUGAAGAGGAAUAAAAAUAACAUCCCCUUGAUGGCGAAGGGACGUAUCUUCUUAACUCUUUGAGCUUCAGCCAUGGAGAAUAUGUGGCGUCAUUUAAAUUUGCGAAGCAAACAUUCAGCCUUACUGGGGCCUUUAUAAGGAAAUGUAUACAGUGGUUUCACUAAGUAGUUUAUCAUAAAAUAAACCAUGAAGAUGAUGUGUUUCUUCUUCAUGGUCUUUAUUUCCCGACUUUGAUGAGCUGUAUUUUCACAUAUUGAUGCGACUAAGGUGGAACAUUGUUAUAUCCACAAUUAUUUAUUUCAUUGAAAUUAAACAAGUUACAGCUUGCA